AUAUUGAGGUACCCUCGAGUGACACCACGGAGCUUCAAACAGGGUCUUUUUAAUGACUCCACGUGCUCUGAGGAAGGUCCCUGGACCCGUGGCAGAAAGUGCCGUAGCAUAAUGGCUACUAGCCUCGUACCGUUGUUCACGAAUGAGAAAGGAAGCUUUUUUCAGAGCUGAUCUUUCAUGAUGGCUGCGAGAGUGUUGGUCAAAGUAAAGCUAUGUGUAGCGACGCUUUCCUUGCCUCCAUUUGGAGACUAAGAGAUUGCGUUGAACUGAACAGGGGCCUACCAGACGAGGAAACUUCUCUUUUGUCAAUGAUAGAAAAGUUACAAUAUUUAUAUUUCAACGAACUUCAAACUGCACGGUAUCCAGUAAAAAAACAUAUCUUGCACACUUUAUCUCAGGGACGUCCGACAGACAUCAUUCUGGGAUACUGCCAUGGUGUAAUCAUGGUGUAAGAAUAUAAGGUGAACCAUUCCCGUGGAUGCAUAGUAGCCACCAAUCAGAAAUUUGCCCCAAACUUUAAAACACCAAUAUGGCGAUACAUUGAAACAAGUGAGAUACAAUGCCAUCGUGUUGUAUAAAGAAUUGCAAAAGUCGUACAUUUUACACCGACAAAAAAAAUAUAACAUUCUUUAGAUUUCCAAAGGAAAAAGUGAUAUUAGAGAAAUGGAUAAAUGCUUGUGGAAAGAGUGAAGACAACAUAAAAAUUAAUUCUGACACAAAUUGUGAUAGAACACAGCCAAAAUCUACUAAAACAUGUAUGAAACAAAUGAAACGACUCAAGGAGGGUUCUAUUCCCACAAAAAUGUUACUAUUGGAUAAAAGCAGGAAAAGAAGAAACAAAAAGGAACAAUAUCAGAUAGUGAUCAUGUUUCUGAUUGAACAAUGUAUCCAAGAAAAUAUAUAUAGUGAAGAAGAUAAUUUUGAUAAACAGAACUCUCUUAUAUCAUUGAACGACGUGCUAAGAGGAAAUGAGUACGUAUUUAAACCAAAGAAAAGUGGAAACUAUGAUGUAUUUGAGAUGUUAUUGCAAAAGUUACGAUGUUUUGAAAAUGAAAAUAAGAAACUUUUACAAGAGAACAAACAACUCAAGAAGAAAAAUGAGCAAUUAAACACACAAGUAGAACAACUGCAGACAAGUGUUAUGCAAAAUGCUUCUAUGAUACAGGUAAUGGAAAUAGAUAAAAGGAAAGAAGCAAAUAAAAUAGUCAUUAAUACGUUGCGAAAGGUAUUAACACUAGGACAGGUAAAAAGUAUUAUGUCACCGAAUAAUAUUCGUAAAAAAUGGUUAUCCGAGGAUAUAUCUGCAAUUGCUCUAAGAUCAUUGAGUCCAAAAGCGUACAGAUAUCUAAGGAAUAUUAAAAAAAUGCCAUUGCCGUGUGAAUCACCAUUACAAAAUUGGGUGGCAUCGUUCAGUAUUUCACCUGGCAUUUUAAAAGACGUGUUAAGAAUUAUGCAUGAUAAAGGAUACAAUCUCUCUACAGUGGAAAAAUUAACCAUUUUGAGCUUCGACGAAUUGUAUGUAUCUAAUAAAUUGGAUUUAGAAAGAAAAGAACAAAAAGUGUAUGGGCUUCACAAAACUUGUCAGUUUGUUAUGGCUCGAGGAUUAUUUAACACUUGGAAACAACCCAUUUAUUACAAUUUUGAUGAAUCUAUGAAAUGUCUCGCAACAUUUUAUUUACUUUAACGCAAGAUCUGUAUUUGGCUAAUUAUGUUGUAGCUAUUGUAUGUGAUAUGGGACCGACAAAUUUAAAAUUAUGGAGAGAAUUUAAUAUUGGAAUCAAUACUAAUAAUCAUCCCAACGACAUAAAAUGAAAAGCAAUAUUUCGUUAUACAUCCCGUAGACAAGUCAUCAAAAAUAUUCUUUUAUGCUGACGCCCCUCAUUUACUAAAAUCAGCAAGGAACAACCUAUUUGAUUCUGGGUUUUGGUGGAAAGAUAAUCUCGUGGAUGCAAGGUGUCUAGAAGAAUUAUUAAAACUUAAUACAGGCGAUUUAAAAAUUGUCCAUAAAUUAAGUAGAACACACCUUGAUGCUAAAGGGACACAAUGUCAAAAAGUAAAAUUAGCAGUUCAAGUAUUCUCCAAUACAAAUGCAUUGGCUAUUCGAUGGUGUAAAGCAAAUGGUCUUUUGCAUUCUGAUAACUGGGAACAAACCGCUUAUGUAUUAAAAUUAUUUAACGACUGGUUCGAUGUAUUUAAUAGCACAUUACAAUAUGGUCAUCACAGUGGCUUGCACGCUUAUAAUAUAAAUAUUGAGGAACAAAAUAAAAUAAUUAAUG